AUGCCAACUGAUUCCGUUAAAUCUCGUGAUAAAUCCCCCAACCUGCUAAGUGCAGAAAGUAAUGAUCUAGUUCGCGCCCUUGUUAAAAAACGUGGCAUAAUUAAAUGCAGACUGACUAAAUUUACAAACCAUGUAACAUCGCUGGAGAAUAGUGACGAACGUGUCUUUAAUAAUGAAAUUCGUAUAGAUUUAAAGUUGAGAAUUCAAGGUGCCGCUACUUUGUUUUCCGAAUUUAACGACAUUCAAACAAAGAUUGAAGAAAAUGUUUCUGAAAGUGAAUUAGCGGGUCAGUGUGAUCAACGAGAACUUUUUGAGAACAGUUACUAUAGCACAUUAGCUCACGCAGAAUCUAUUCUAAAUAAUGAGGUCAUGAGCUGUUCCAAGUCUUGUCACAAUUCUUAUCGCGAAGCACCAGUAAAACUACCCACUAUUUCCAUGCCUACUUUCGACGGUGCCUAUGAGCACUGGCUUGAGUUCAGAGAUACAUUUACGUCGCUUGUUCAUAAUUGUAAAGAUAUUUCCAGUAUACAAAAAUUUCACUACUUAAAAUCUUGUCUAAAGGGUAAUGCAGAACUAGUGAUUCAUUCUAUCGAAUUUUCUUCUGAUAAUUAUGAGGUUGCAUGGGAGUUGAUAUUAAAUAGGUAUAACAAUUGUAGGCUGUUAGUGCACAACCACGUAAAGGCUUUGUUUACUCUUCCCACACUAGCCAAAGAAUCUCCUAUUUUAAUUAGAAAUUUAAUCGACACUAUUUCAAAGAAUUUACGCGCGCUAAAAAUACUUGGUGAACCCACAGACAGUUGGGAUACACUGAUCAAUUAUAUUAUCGUGUCAAAACUAGAUAGGAUAACUGAACGCGAAUGGGAGACCCACAAGUGCACUUUAUUCUCGAACGAAAAUAAUUCGAAAAAUACGAUAAAGUUGGAUGAAUUAAUUCGGUUUCUCAAACAUCGCGCGGACAUGUUGGAAACAUUGAAGCUUUCACAUAGUAAAGAUACGACAGCAACAAUCAUUGAAAACAAAAAACAACAUAAAUAUAACUAUACAACACACUGCAAUGUUUCCAGCAGCCCGAAUAAGUCGUACGAUCGUCAAUUACGCGGUAAAGCACUGUGUGUUAAAUGCAACGCGAAUCAUCCACUUUAUUCUUGCAAUAAGUUUAUAGAAAGCGAUUUAGAAUCAAAGUUAAAACUUAUACGGGUACAUAAUUUAUGUAAGAAUUGUUUACGUUCGGGACACACACUAAAUAACUGCAGAUUUGGGCCGUGUAGAAAAUGCGACAAAAAACAUAACUCGCUAAUUCAUAAUGAUAACUCUGCUAGUGACAUAUCGUUCCAUACUACAACGAGUACUGAAGGAGAUAAAAUAACCGAUGAUGUGCGAGCGCCUCGUGUGCCCGCGCCCGCGACCCCCGCUGCCUGCACUGACUCGCUUCGUAUCCAGGUAAACAAAUCACACAUGCAAACACAAUGCAAUGAAUUUGUAAGUGUGCAGUCUAUUUUAUUAUCCACGGCUGUUGUCGAAGUAGCCGAUGUACAUGGUACCUAUCAUAAAGCGCGAGCACUACUCGACAGCGGAAGCCAACGGUGCUUUAUUUCAAAAUCAUUAUGCCAAUUAUUAAAUACGCGAUUAAUACAGUCCACAAACGAAGUACAAGGCGUAGGUGAUACGGUCAUAUAUUCUACUCAAGCUUGUAACAUCGUUGUUAAGUCUUGCAUCGAUAAUACGUUCACUACGCGCAUUCAUUGUUACGUGCUAUCGAAAAUCACAGCCUCGGUGCCCAUCGUAUGUCAAUUAGGCGCGCAGUUCUGUUUUCCAGACAACAUACGGUUGGCCGAUCCUGAUUUUUUAGGUUCUAGACCCAUUGACAUCUUAAUAGGUGCAGACCUGUUUUGGGAUCUAUUAGGAGAAGGAAAGAUUCGACUACCUAAUGGUCCAUACUUACAAAAUACUAGCUUAGGUUGGAUUAUUUCUGGUCCAAUUAACAAUAGUUACACGCAAAAAAAUACGCAAAUACAUUUUACUAACGCCUUAGAUACGCAACUUCGAUUGUUCUGGGAGAUCGAGGAAUUACCUAAGAUCAGAGACGCGCAGACUGAGGAAGAACGUGCAUGCGAGGAACACUUCAUUCGCACUACUACACGCAACAGCGAAGGGAGGUUUUGUGUGCGUGUUCCGCUCAAUCAGUCACCUGAAGUCUUGGGCGAUUCGUAUACGCAAGCAGAGCGUCGGUUUUUAGCGUUAGAAAAACGACUGCAGCGCUCACCUGAGUAUAAACGUUUAUAUUCCAAUUUUAUGCAGGAAUAUCAGAGUUUGGGUCACAUGACGCAGGUAGAUUCCUAUGAAUCCCCGUGUUAUUUUAUGCCACAUCACGGUGUGUUCCGUGAGCUCAGCACCACCACCAAGCUGCGAGCGGUGUUUGAUGCUAGCGCACCAUCCAGCUCCGGUAAGUCACUUAAUGACUUGCAGUUGGUCGGUCCUCCUAUACAGGGCGAUCUUGUUUCAAUUCUUCUCCGUUUUAGACAGCACAAGUACGUUGCAUGCGCCGACGUGGAGAAGAUGUACAGGCAAUGUUUAGUAGACGAGGACCAACGCAGUUUGCAAAUGAUUUUGUGGCGUGACGAACCGUCGAAUCCAUUAAGGACAUUUAAAUUAAAUACGGUGACAUACGGAACCUCCUCCGCGCCUUUCUUAAGCGUUAGAUGUUUAAAGCAAUUAGCGGUCGAAUCCUCUGACCCUGACGUCACGCGAGUCAUACAAGAAGAUUUUUAUGUCGAUGAUUAUAUAACCGGGCUGGACAAUAAAGAUAAAUUAAUACAAUUAUGUGAUAAAACACAAAAGACACUUCAGGGUGGCUGUUUUCCACUGCGGAAGUGGAUAUUUAAUUUUGCGCGCGAUGAUAACAGCCAAUCACCCAAUCAGUCAAAACUAUUAACUCCAGUUGAAAAUAAUACACCUUCUAAAACCUUGGGAUUAAUUUGGUGUAAUCUAAGUGACGAAUUUUAUUUUAAUAAUAUGCAAAUUAAUGUUAGUAUGGAACCCAUCACAAAACGGUCUAUUUUAUCUAACGUUUCUCAAAUUUUCGACCCUCUAGGCUUACUAAGUCCCGUUAUAAUUGUUGCGAAGGUGCUUUUACAACAAUUGUGGCUACUUAAAAUGGGCUGGGACGACACAGUUCCCGAUCAUAUAGCGCGAGUAUGGAACCGGUUUGAUAAUUCACUACAAGCGCUCGACACAAUCCGUAUACCUCGCCACGUUAUAGGUGUGCAACGUAUGUAUAUUGAACUGCAUGUUUUUAGUGACGCGUCUCAGACAGCGUAUGGUGCGUGCAUUUAUAUUCGCACAGUUAGUACUGACUCGACUGUAUCGGUGAGAUUAUUAAUUUCAAAAACAAAGGUCGCGCCGCUGAAAACAUUAAGUAUACCGCGUCUCGAACUUUGUGGAGCUUUAUUGGGGGCUAGAUUGUAUGACAAGGAUUUUUCACCGCUUACUCCAAGCCAUUUCCUGAUUGGUCGACCACUUACUGCUCCAGUCUGCGAUGACGUACGCGAUGUACCAAUUAACCGCCUACAGCGAUACCAGAGGUUGGAACUACUUCGUCAACAGUUUUGGAAUCGAUGGACUAAAGAAUAUAUUUCUGAGCUGCAGGUGCGAGCGAAGUGGACCGUGAAUAAAGAUGAGUUGAAGCCCAAUUCGUUAGUGGUGAUAAAGGACAACAAUCUUCCUCCGCUGAAGUGGCGCUUGGGACGUGUGGUUCGCACAAUACCAGGUUCAGACGGCAUUUCCCGAGUGGCUGACAUACGGACGGCAGCGGGUGUGCUGAGACGCACCUUUUCGAAAAUUUGUCCUCUCUUCCAAGAUGUGGAUGAAACGCAAGAACAUUGAAAGCCACUGCUUCCAAGGCCGGGGGCAUGUUCGAGAUCGUACUCGUAUUACUGAUGGACGAGUAGAGGACGAUGAUAUGCAAAUUUUCAGUAAUGCGAUUGGUCGUCCAUAUUGUUCCCCUUACCCCCCAAUCCUCGAUUCGUGUAACACACACCAUUUAUUCAUGUAAAAAGGUUCGAACAAUAAACACCUAACAUAAUAACUGUAGAAAAAAUACGCCACAGACAAAACAGUUUUAUUUCUCAAUAACCAAAAUCCACCAAGCCUCUCAACCAGUAAAUAAAAUCGCAAGCCGCACCAAGAAGAAACAAUUAAAAUUACUUUUACGGUUUUUAUCUCGCGUAUUUUGUUAUUGUUAUUAAUUCCCAGGUUUAGAAUACAGUUUUCGUACAAUACGUAAAGUUGUACGUUUGGAACGAUUCACAACCACGAGCUUCUUAUACACUUAAGGAAAUUCAGCAUUAUCGUACAGUUUUUUUUUUAAUCAUAGAUAAUUUUAUUGCAUAAUAAAGUAAAGAUAUCAAUUAAGUUUUUAGUCUAGUUCAGUUUGAUAGUUCACCAACGCAGACAUGUUCUAGAUCAGGGGUUCCCAAACUUAUUUUGUCUACUGCCCACUUUGAGAACCAAUUAUUUUUUAGCACCCCCAUUUUUUCACCUACUUCAAAACCACUAUAGCGAGAGCUCAGUCGGUGUCUAAGAGCCCUCCUAGAUGAAAUUACAAAUCGCCUCCCAACCCUCUACACAAGGCCCCAAAUUUUUUUUCUGGGUCUCUUACCGCCCCCCCCUUAGGCCUGCCGUGCCCACAAGGGGCCGUUAUCACCCACUUUGGGAAAGGCUGUUCUAGAUUUAGUCACACUUUUUUUCAUAAUUCAAUUCAUUUACAAUCAAUUUUUGUGUGUUACGUGUACUGUGUAUGUAAAUCUUUAUAUAUAUAUAUAUAUAUUUCUUCUGUGCGUGUGUUUGUCACUGAACUCCUCCUAAACGGCUGGACCGAUUUGAAUGAUUUAUUUUGUCUGCGUUUGGGUGGCACCCUGAAUGGUUUAAAUUUACAAAUCAGCCCGGAGGAGGGCGCUGCAGUCGGUAUCUAGGUUAUUUAUCUUUCCUAGAAAUAAUUUAUAUUAUAAAACAACGUUUGCCGGGCCAGCUAGUAUAUGUAUAGAUAUAGGUAAAUUUACUACGAUUAUUACUAGGUAAGUUGUAAUUAAAGGAUUCUGUGAAGGUCUAUCUACUUGGUUAGAAACAUUUUAAUCUGUGACAACACGUGCUCAUAUUCCACUAAGAUUUCGGUGAAUACUCUAACCCAUCGACAAGAAAUGAAUCCACCCUGAGACUAGUGUGCUUAGUGGGAGUUUUUUAACGUUCUCGAUAGCGUAAAAGUUAACUCAAAUUUGUAUGGAGUUGGAACGUUUGCCUGCGUCUGCCGCUAGGGGCGCUGUUCCAACUGCAUACAAAUUUGAGUUAACUUUUACGCUAUCGAGAACGUUAAAAAACUCGCACUAAGCACACUGGAGGAUAGUGGUGGAUAAUUGGUAGUUCAUUCUCUCGCUUCACACCAUAACACUAGUGUAAUCUGUGAAUAUCAUUUGUACUUACUGUAAGAAAGAGUAAACUCAAGAGAACGACACUGAAACAAUAUAAUCUCAUAUCGUUUUGUCGGAAUUCACAUUUACAAAACUAACAAAGUUAAUUAAUUUUUUUUUAUUAAAAACUACAUUGGAAGUGAAAUUGAAUUUUUAAUUUAAUUAUACUUUCAUAUUGAUGCACGUUCUGUAGUUUAUACGCAUUUAUUUAUUUUAAAGUUUCUGACACCAUAAAAUUACCAUAGAUUCUUUUUGUAAUACAGCAAUAGUCUUUUUUUCCCUACCUAUGCUGAUAGCCUUGGGAGGCUAUUUCAGCUUCUCCAUAACGUGUAGGUGAGCUCACGGGGCUCAAACCGGAGUGUUGCCAACACCGGCCCUAGCAAGAGCGGUAAUUCGCAGAAUCUACCAUCGGAUCAGAAACGCGACGCACUGAGAAGAUCCGGCGAGAAACUCAGUGGGCUGUGUCUGUGGGUUAAUUCGCUCGUCGAGCCCUUCGUCGCAAGCGACAGGUUCGACGAGGACGGCGACCGCGCAAUAGUCAUAAUAUAUAUAUGUUAUUGCUUAUAUGAGUGGACGUGCGCACGGCCUGUGAGGCAAUCUGAUGUUAAGCGGUUACUGGAGCCCAUAGACACCUACAACGUAAAUGCCAGUAAUUACGCAAAUAAUAAUUUUGCGAAUUUGAUUUUUAUUUCAUGAUGUAUUGCUUCACCGUGGAAGUCAAUCGUAAACAUUUGUUAAGUGCGUAUUAAAAAAAUUUGGUACCCGCCUGCAGGAUUCGAACACCAUUGCAUCGUUACAUACGAAUGCACUGGACGUCUUAUCCUUUAAGUCAUAAUAACUAUAACAACCAACGCAUUGGAUCUUUAAUCUGUGAUGUUGGAAUUGUAGAAAAAAACUGGCAGUUCCUUAAAAACCGAUUCCAGUAAAAUAAGACAUUUAGAAAAUUAUUGUUAGUUUUUGGUACACCCUGUAUUAAUUAGCCGAGUAGAUUUAAAUUGGAAGGCAAGUGAAAUGUUUGUGCCAGUCUUAUGGUUUCAUUAUUCAGAAUAUACAGAAUUAUAUAUAUUUUUAUGUAUAUGUAUUUAUUUAAGUAUGAGUAUUUGUAUCUAUAAAUAUUAUGUAUGUCAUAUAU